AUGAAAAUAAAAGGUUUAGUUAUACGUGACGUUUCGGUAAGGUCAUCACAACAAGCCUCUAAUGAAAAUGUGGAUCAUGAGUCACAACAAGAAAUUGACCAAUCAUCCACAGUUAAUCCAUCAAAUGCACCAAAUCCAGUUGUGCCGCUUCCAGUACGUGCUACUCGUGGUGCUAACAAUUACUUAUUCAUUUGGAAUCUCCCUGAAAAUCACAAGAUUGAAUUGCCAUUAACUAGUUCAAAUCAACCAAUUAAGAAGGCAGGGAGGAACUUCACAAGUUGGUUGGGUACAAUUGCACGAAAACCCCAUUUGUGCCCAAUUAAGUAUAAGAAUUGGACAAGAAUGCCAGAUGAAUUUAAGGAACAAAUAUGGGAUAUUGUUCAGUCAAAAUGGAUUUUGCCUGAAGAACUUGCUAGGUUGGAGGCAAUGAAGAAUAGGACAUUGUCCUCAAUUGCGAAAUCUUGGAAGAACCACAAGUCAACUUUGAAGAAGAAGUAUUUCCUAGGAAGAGGAAAUAGAGCACGAGUACCACCAAAUGUAAUUUAUGAAGAUUAUGAAGACCUUGUUCAGUAUUGGAGUUUACCAAAAACGAAGGAGCUUGCUUUGAAAAACAAGAAUAGUCGUUCCAAGCAAACAAAUGUACAUACUGGUGGUUCAAAAAACUUUGCUUCAUAUGUAGAAGAAAUGGUAACAACGCUUGGGCAUCUUGUAGAGCAUGCGGAUGUAUAUGUAAAACUCCAUCUUCAUAAAGAUGGUACUCUAGUUAACACCGUAGCAGAAGGCAACAUUUCAUCCGACCUUACUGGUAGUAUUGCAUGGGCACCAGAUGAUGUAUAUGCUCAAGUGUUUGGUAAUGAGCGCAAUGGUCGUGUUCGAGGUGUGGGAUUUGGCCCAACUCCAAGUAUGCAUCCUGCCAAGAGCACUCCUGCAAUUGCUCAAGUAAGAAGCCAAGAAAGUGAUGCUAAAGUGACUCAGUUGAAGAAUCAAGUGGCUUCUUUGACGGAGAAAGUGAAUCGUUAUGAAAACUUAGAGGAGCGAAUGACCCAAUUGAUGCAACUAGUGCAAAAUCAGCAAAAUCAUUCUUCAAAAGCUAGUUGGGGUGGUUUCAGUUUAGAUUAUCAAUCUCCAACUCCUUACAGGUCACAGGCUUUAUCCCAUCAAGAAACUAGCAUAUAG